AUGGCGCAUAAACCAACAGGAUUUUUCUACACACUAUUUUCUUUUUCCCCACAGCCUUGCUCUCCACUGUACUGCCUCUUUGACACAGCCUUACAUUCCACUCUACCACCUGCGGUUUGCCACACCCUUUCACUCUAUUUUGAUACCUAUUCCCCACAGCCUCAAUCUCCACUCACUGUGUUAAUAUGCCCUGUUUAUUGCCAUAGCGAUAUUCUUCAUUUUCAGCCUUAUACCCACCACUCUACUCUCUGCUUCUCUCAAGAAUAUUAUUUUCUAUUGUAUUGCCUCUUUCCUACAUAUUCUCCACAGCCCCUUUUCUCCACAGCUUUACACGUCAACGUGUUACCUCUUUUCCACAACAUUAUUCUCCAAUCUGCAACUUUUUAUUUCCUCAAUAAUGCAUCCUUCCCACAACAUCACUCUCCAAUCUGUUACCUCAUUCCCAUAGAUUUCUUCCCACUCUGCCGGUUCAAUCCUGUACUCAUACACUCUCAAGCUUGUCUCUUCACAGUGAUACCUCCUUCCAACAUCCUUACUCUCCACUUCUGUUCAUAUCUAUCUAUCUAUCUAUCUAUCUAUCUAUCUAUCUAA